UCCACGGCCUUGCUUCUUGUAUGGACGCGCUGGCUCCGACUGACAGCGGCGAGCAGGCGGCGAGCAGGCACAACUGCUGCUGCAGAACAACAACAACAUUAAUAACACCAUUAACAACAACAACAACAACAACAUUAACUACAACAACAUUACAUCAACAAGGACGAGGUGCUCCUUCCUGCUUCGCUCCUAAUCCCGCCAACACCUGCAGACAUGCUGGCUGACUUGGAACAGUCUGAUGAGUGAGUGAGUGAGCCGGCAGAAGGCCUCCGCCGCCGCCGCCGCUAUGGUGGACAUGGAGAGCCACUACCGCCCCCCCUCACCCCUGGAGGACUCCAUGCUGGGCAGCCCGCUGUGCGCCGCCAACGACGACUUCAUGGAGGAGCUGCACGACAUCUCUCAGUCCAUGGACAGCAGCAUCCUCAGCUCCUACGACGCUCCCGGGUACCAGUCGUCCAGCACCGGCUCCGAGGGUUCCACGGCCUUUGACACUCUGACGCCCGCCUCCAGCCCCUCAUCUGUCAUCUACGGUGUGGCGACGGGUCAGGAUGACAUCUCGUCUUCCUCCUCCUUGCUCAGCCUGGAGUGUCGGGUGUGUGCUGACCGGGCCUCGGGCUACCACUACGGUGUCCACGCCUGCGAGGGCUGCAAGGGUUUUUUCCGGAGGACCAUCCGUCUCAAGCUGGACUACGACAAGUGUGAGCGCCGCUGCAAGAUCCAGAAGAAGAACCGCAACAAGUGCCAAUUCUGCCGUUUCCAGAAGUGCCUGUCAGUGGGCAUGUCCCACAAUGCCAUCCGCUUUGGCCGUAUGCCGCAAUCGGAGAAGCUGAAGCUGAAGGCGGAGAUGGUGACGGGGGAGCGGGAGGUGGAGGACCCCCAGCUGGCCGACCAGAAGACGCUGGCUCGGCAGAUUUACGAGGCCUACCUCAAGAACUUCAACAUGAACAAAGCCAAGGCACGCACCAUCCUCACGGGGAAGACCAACACUCCGCCAUUGGUCAUCCACGACAUGGAGACCUUGCAGCUGGCGGAGAAGACGCUGGUGGCCAAGAUGGUGGACUCGGCGGGCGUGCUGAAGGACCGGGAGGCGGAGGUGCGCAUCUUCCACUGCUGCCAGUGCACCUCGGUGGAGACGGUCACCGAGCUCACCGAGUUCGCCAAGUCCGUGCCGGGCUUCUCCGGCCUGGACCUCAACGACCAGGUGACUCUCUUGAAAUACGGCGUCUACGAGGCGCUCUUCGCCAUGCUGGCCUCCUGCAUGAACAAGGACGGCCUCCUGGUGGCGUACGGCUCGGGCUUCAUCACGCGGGAGUUCCUCAAGAGCCUGCGCCGGCCCUUCAGCGACAUGAUGGAGCCCAAGUUCCAGUUCGCCACCAAGUUCAACGCGCUGGAGCUGGACGACAGCGACCUGGCGCUGUUUGUGGCCGCCAUCAUCUGCUGCGGAGACCGCCCGGGGCUGGUGAACGUGACGCACAUCGAGCGCAUGCAGGAGAGCAUCGUGCAGGUGCUGCGGCUCCACCUGCUGGCCAACCACCCCGACCACGCCUUCCUCUUCCCCAAGCUGCUGCAGAAGCUGGCGGACCUGCGGCAGCUGGUCACCGAGCACGCUCAGUUGGUGCAGGAGAUGAAGAAGACGGAGGACAUGUCGCUGCACCCGCUGCUGCAGGAGAUUUACAGGGACAUGUACUGAGUCUUCCACAAGCUGAGGGAUGGACCGUCAACCAUCUUCAGCCUUGUUUCCACCAAGCAGCGCACUUAUUUGGGCUUCCGGCACCAAGUAUGUGCAGCUGUAGCACCUCCUCGCUUCUCUUCCACAAGUCGUGU